CGUCGUGCUUUGGUGCAAUCGGGUGGCAGUACGAGGGGUUGGCUGUCGGUUAUCAGUGCGAAUGGGAAGCAGAUCUUGUUGCCUGUGGAAGAAGAAGGAGGGGAGGAGCACGAGGGAGGUGACGGUGAUGAAGUGGACGGUGACGGUAAUGCAGUUGAUGGGGAGGCACUAGAGCAGGUAGAGCACGAAGACGAAGGAAGCGAUCAUAAAAGCGGUGUCGAUGAUAAAGAAAAGAUCACAGACGACACUGCUCUUGAUGCCGGAGGGGCCGCAGAGAACAGUAGCAAGACUAAAUCGCCAGACCUUGUGAAUAAAGCCUCAUUCAGUGAGGACGACGCGCGCUCCGCAACACCUGACGACUCAAUACGAACGUGCGACGACGAAGAUGGCAGUGUGUCCCAUGGAGUGUAUCCCACUCUUACUUCAUCUGACUCCACCAACAAGAAGCACACGGCCAAGGAGGACACUACUUGUACUCUUUCUAGUACUACAACUUCUAAGAUGAAAACUAGUACAACUUCUACAAAAGCAGGAAUCUCUUCAUCCAAGUCCAAAAAGUCUGCGUCUAUGUCGGUUUUGGUCGACGCAGAGGAGUAUUCGAAAUUGACGAAAGAGAAACAUGCUUUGGAGAGAGAGCGCAACCUGUUGAAGAAACAAGUGGCAGCCUUGACAUCGCGAACUGAUGAACUAUCCGCCACAGCCCAAGAGACGUUUCAAAUGCAGUUGAUGUUGCACUCGCUGACUACAAGGUACGAAACACUUUUGAAAAAAUACGAGGAUGAAACGGCGGGACGGAUGCAGUUACUGGGAGAGGGUAAGGCAAUGACGACAACUACAUCACCGGGACGAGAGAGUGCGGAGCAGAAAGAGGAGGAAGCAACAACAUCUGUCCAACGAACACAAGAUCAAGCGACGCAAACGACUUGUACAUCAGAAGACAAGGGCCUUCCUUCGGUGGAGUACCUUCAAACGAAGAAAAGCAAGAGUGUGCUUGCAACGCCCUUGCAAGAGAGUAUGGAUGAAGAUAGUGAGGACUAUUUUUUGCAAGCACAUCAGAAUCACGAAGUAGAGGGGUUAGCAGGAGAGGGACUUGCUGAUAUUCGAGGAGGCGAUAGUAUAUUAGAGGCAGAGCAAGCGGGAGAGAGAAGAGCAGAAGAAGGAGAAGUCGAAAAACAAGACGCACAGCAUUAUCCAGAGAAAGAUGAUAAGAAUGAAAAUAAGAUAUUACCGACGGAAAGAAUGGAGCAAGAAGGAGGACAAGCUCCUACCCAUUCCCGGAGCAUUGCAGCUCCUUCUUCAUCUUGCCACACUGGUGGCGCUCUAGCAUCGUCUUCAUCAAGUUCAUCGUCCUCCGCUUCCUGUUCCUCUCUCGCCUUGGAAGCGUCAGCUUCGUCGUUAGGUGCCCUAGUCCAGGAGUUUUCCAUCGCGACUCCCGACAGCGCUGCCAGUCCGCAGGAGUCCUCGUACAGUGUCAGCCUGUCAGAAGUAGACAUACUCAAACAAAAAGACAGGGAAAUAGCUGAAUUGAAAAAGGAACUAAGGAAGAUACUUGAAGGGAAGGGGUUGGACGUCGAAAAGUUGCUGGCUAGUGCAUCUUCUACAUCAAAUGGAGCUGAUCUUCAAUAUGGUUCGAUGAUGGCGGGAGGAGCAAGUAGUUCUAGUUGCAGUAGUGCAUCAUCGUCGCCUACGAAAGUUUUAGGUGGACUAAGUAAGCCAGGAAUACCAGGAUCACUUGGAUUUAGCGGAUCAGGAUCGUCCUCGUCGUCAACUCCGCAUCAGUCUUCUACUACUUCUUCUUCAUCCGACUUCCUCUACAUCAGCAAGAUUCGCGAACUCGAGGACACGAUACAACACUUGAAGAAGUCGCAGUCACAAAGAGGAAUAGCUGAGAGGCUGAUUGCAAACUAUUUCACUGAGUCUGUCACUUGUGGGUUUGCUCCGUUUGGGGGUCCGCUUGCUGGUGCAGCAGGGGUAUCUUCCUCGGGAGGACUAGGUGGGAGUAGUAGGAAUAGUACGCAAAUGCUUGUAGAAACUAUACUGCGUGAAAAUGUUAGACUCCAGGAUGAAUUGGGGUCGAGACGCAACAACCGAAGAACAGCCUAUGCUUCUGUAGAAGACGAAAGUGAUUACGACUGAAAGGCACCACUGACGAGAGGGGGACUUGGACUAUGGACUAUUGUUCGAAGUUCUUCUUAGGAUAGUGGUGCAGUGUUUGGGGUCGUGGG